ACCACUUCCGGAGUCUCUUCGUCAAAUUUUGCUUUAUUUUGAAACGCUCCACCGGAAACCGUUAGUUUUACUGUUCAUGACUUGUCGGUUCGAACCUCGGGAAGAGCGGGUGGGGGCAGCUCUCCUGCUCCUCUCAAAAACGGCGCUUGUAACAAAGACGAGACAACAACAAGGGGAGUGAUGGGAGCGCACACAGCACGACCGACAGACAGACAUUUGUGAAUUGAAUUGAGCUUACCGGAUAUUAAUUUUUUUUUGUCAUUUUCAACGACCGUUUUUUAAGUUUUCCUCGUGACGGGAGCGGAGUUUACACCGAGCGGCUUUCUGACUUUCCAAAGAGAAGUAGUUCAAGAUGCUAUACUCAUUGUAGACCCGCAAAACCAAAGCGGAACAGUCAAAACCUGGUUUUGGUGAUGAUGAAAUUCCCACGCUUUCCAGUCCUCUGACUCUUUUCUGAAACAGAAAGCAACCAUCAGCUGCGAUGUCUGUCCAGGAACGAUCUGUGUCGCCCCUCAAGCCAGAGGUCAAACCAAAACCAGAAAUCCCUCUUCGAUUGCUACACAGGACCUCACCUUCACCUGAGGGCGGAGGCUCGACGCAGGGAAAGGUCAAGAAAAUAGCAAAAAGCUUCACCAAGCAGGACUCCAGCGAAGCAGCAGGAGAGCAGCUGGCAAAUGGUGCCGCAGAACUCUCGCCAAGUACACAGGUGAAAAAACCACCUGAGACGAGACCCAAACCUGACAGCAAAGCCCCACAACACGAGACGCCGCCGCCUCCGCUGCCCAAGAAGAGGAGCCGCUUCCUGCAGAGACAAACGGAGAGCAUAGGAGAGGAGAGCGAAGGCAUGAACAUUUACAAACGACGAUCAGCACCUGAUGGGAAGGAGGUGGAGGAUCAGGGGACAAGAGCGCCCGAAGCAAACGCAGAGGACCUGCUAUACAGUCCUCUCAGUCGCAGCUGCAACAAAAUCUGCACCUGCAUAUGUCACCUAAAGAGACCUGGCAUGAUGCUCAUAUGGGUGCCUGUGGAUGAAGACUCUCCAGGCAGGGAGGGUCAGACCAACGGGGAAGAGCGGAGAGAAGAGAAAGAUGUGACGGUACAGAAAGCAAAUCAAAUAGAGGCGGUGCAAAGGGAAGAGCAGGAAGUUGGAGGACAGGAAGAAGAAUAUGAGUCUGAAUUACCAGCACAGACGAAGGAGGGGGAACUGAAGGCAGCAGAGGAUAAGGUGGAAAAAAAUGACUCAGAGAAAAAGAGGGAUGAUCACGAAGAAAAGAAUGAAGUGGAACAGCCGAAGGAGGUGGAAGUGAAUCCAGCAGAUGAAGCACAUCAGCUUCCACAGGAUGUGCUGCAUCCUGUGGAAGUUGAUGGAGCACAUGGUGGAAAGGUUGGUGAGAAGAUUAAAGAGGGAGAAAAUGAAGGGAAGGGGAAGAAUGGGCCAAGAGAUGUGAAAACACCGAAGUCACAGUUCCAUCAGUCUCUGGAAAUUGCGCUGGCUGGGGGUCUGAAAAAGCUUUCAGACCAUGGUCCUCUGGCUGCCCUUCCUCGCUGUCAGCCUUCACUGCAAAAAAAUCCUCAGCCUCCACCGCUCCCAAGCCAACCCCCAGAAGAUGACGAGGGGGGUAGUAUCUACGAGCUCCAGCUGCCUGACCCUGAUCAGGGCGCUAGAAAACUCUCAUCUUCUAGGAAUGACUUGCACGAAGUUCCUCAAAUAAGAGUUCACCACCCAGCUCGACAGGAGAAACGUGCCCACGGCCCCUCGGACGCUACACCUGAGCUUGAGAACCCAACAGAACCACCUCCCAUUCUACCGAGGGUUCCUGUGAACGGCUCUCCGGUCUAUAGCAGCAACCUCACAAUCAGUCGGGUCAGACCACAACCCCCCAAAACGUCUCCUCCAAGCAGCCCUCUGCUUCCUUGCAGACUCCCACCGGCUCCACCGAAGACCCACUCCAGGAGGGCCAGCAGUGUCUCGAUGCAGUCCGCCAACUUGUCAGAAGAAAAUAAAAGAAAUGGAGAGAAAGAAGACACAGACGGGUCUCCAGUCAGAAGGAAUUUUUCAUUCAAGUUGUGCCUGACAGACGAGCCUCUGUACCAAACGUACAACGACUUCGCAAUCCAAAAGGAGAUUCAUCGACAGACCGUGAUCCGAAACAUCAGCAAAACCAGCAUGGACUACGCUAUGGAAUUUGCGGCGCGUUUCAGCGAAAAAACGUCUGGAAAGUCAAAGGGGAACUUUGGAGCCAGAGGGAGCCCUGUGCCCGCAUUGAGUCAAACCACCUUGUGGCAGCAACAUCCGACCGUACGGGACAGUGGACUGCUGGACCAGCUCACUGUUGACCAGAUCAAGUACCAGGAGAGCAUGUUUGAGGUCCUGACCUCCGAGACUUCCUACCUGCGGUCCCUCUACGUUCUGACUGAGCACUUCAUGGAAAACCGGGAACUGACAGAGACAAUCAUCAUCAGUGACAGGAAAACCCUCUUCUCCAACAUCCUGAAGGUUCGCGAGGUCAGCGAGAGGUUCCUGAAAGACCUGGAAGAGCACAUAUUCAAGGAGAUCAUUUUCUCAGACAUAUGCAACAUCCUCCAUUUCCACGCCCAGCACAACUUCCCCACCUACAUCGACUAUGUCCGCAACCAGACCUACCAGGAAAAGACUUUCAGCCGACUCAUGAAGACCAAUGAACAGUUCGCCACAGUCAUCAACCGCCUUCAGGAACUGCCUCAGUGUCAGCGGCUGCCCUUCAUCUCCUUCCUGCUGCUGCCCUUCCAGCGGAUAACACGCAUCAAGAUGCUCCUCGAGAACAUCUUGAAGAGAACAAAAGAGGGAACGCCAGAGGAGCAGACGGCCUCUAACGCUCUGGCCUCUGUCGCUAAGAUCAUUGAUCAUUGCAACAGAGACGUGGGAAAGAUGAGGCAGAUGGAAGAGCUAAUUGAAAUCUCGAAGAUGCUCGAGUUUGACAGGCUCAGGGCCAUCCCGAUCAUCUCUGAGACUCGGUUUCUGGAGAAGAAGGGAGAGCUGCAAGAAAUGUCGAAAGCAAAAACCUUUGUGAACAUGAGGGCCAAGUUCUCUCCAGUUUACCUCUUCCUUUUUAACGACUACCUACUAAUUACCAUCAAGAAAAGCUCAGACCGCUACGUGGUGACGGACCACACUCAUCGAUCUCUGGUGCAGGCUCAGUCUUUGGAUGAAGGCUUUGGUGGCGCGACCUACGAGAACUGCUUCAACCUCAUCAUGCUGGAAAACCACCAGGGACGUGCAAUGGAGCGGCUCCUCAAAGCCCCGACCAAGUCGGACAUGCAGAGAUGGUUGGCCGCUUUCCCCAGCACCACCAAAGAAGUCGUCGACGAAGAAGUGAUUUAUGAGGAAUGGGAUUGUCCUCAGGUGCAGUGUGUGGAGCAGUACAUCGCCCAGCAAGCAGACGAACUCAGCCUGGAGCCCACUGAGAUCGUCAACGUCAUCUGCAAAACCAAUGAGGGCUGGUACGAAGGAGUGCGUUUGUCUGACGGUCAGAAGGGCUGGUUCCCCGACACGAACGUCAUCGAGAUCACCAACGAGCACGUCAGGAGAAGAAACGUCAAGGAGCGCUACAGGGUCUCUCAGGCUACGAUGAUGGUGAAAUGUGGCAAGGCCUGCUGAGUACAUCUACACCGGACAUAUGCUUUAAAGGACAAUAAGAUCCCAGUGAACGCUGUUAAUCAGCAAACACCUUGUAAAUAAUGCCCCAACUUAUACCACCAAAGUAACGCAGAACUAAAAUUAGAUCUUUUAUUGCCGAUGCUAAAAACGCAGCAUGCACUUUUAACUACGACUGGGAAACUGUACAUGCCAAUCAUUCUUUGCAUUUCUUGAGAGAUACUUGUCAACGUUGAGUCAUGCAGAGUCUCCGGUUCCUGCUACGUCAAACAUCCUGCUGACUGUCACUGAGACGGCUAAGUUUAAGAAUCUAGAGUGAAGAUCUGCAGAUCACCUCUGGACAUUUAAAACCGAUUGUGCUGGAAUACUGCGCCUCCUACAGUUCUGUAGGGGGAAAAAAAUGUAAAUAUGUUAAAUGUAAAUUGUAAAAGGGUGUUUUGAUUAAACUAGCGGUUGUACUUUUAAUAAAAAAUAAUAAUCUUA